GGGAAACUGGGAGUGGGACCGGUCUGGGGUUGGCGGGGGGGAGAAGAGGGUUUGUCACACGCGGAUGUCCCCCGUUCCUGCUUCCCCCGGGAGCGUCACCGGAGCCGCUUCCCGGUAACGGUGCCCGGUGACCGUUCCAGCUGCUCUGUCUCUCUCCCGUUCAGGAGCCGCCGCGAUGCUGCUGCUCCGGGCCGUCGUGGGGCGCAGGCUCCCGCCGCUGACGCAGCUCCGCCGCGGCUCCUCCCGGUUCGCCGCCGGUGCCGCGCCGGGGGGGGGACGCCGGGGGGCGGCCCCGGUGCUGGCGGCGCUGCUGGGGCUCGGGGCCGUCCUCGCCUACGGAGAACGGCGGCGACGGAACGCCCAGGCAGCCAAGGCCACCCCGGCCCCCCGGUACCCCCUGUACACACGGGAGGAGGUGCGGCGGCACCGCAGCCCUGGGGACCGGGUGUGGGUGACCCACGGCACCGAGGUCUUCGAUGUCACCGACUUUGUGGAGCUGCACCCGGGGGGGGCCGACAAGGUGCUGCUGGCGGCCGGGGGGGCCCUGGAGCCCUUCUGGGCCCUCUACGCCGUGCACAGCCAGCCCCACGUGCUGGAGCUGCUGCGGGAGUACAAGGUGGGCGAGCUGAGCCCCGAGGAGGCCCCACCGAGCCCCGACGCCGCCCAGGACCCCUUCGCCGGGGACCCCCCCCGGCACCCGGGGCUGCGCGUCAACAGCCUGAAGCCGUUCAACGCGGAGCCGCCGGCGGAGCUCUUGACCGAGAGCUUCCUGACGCCCAACGAGCUCUUCUUCACCCGCAACCACCUGCCCGUGCCCGCCGUGGACCCCGGCUCGUACCGGCUGCGGGUGGAGGGCCCGGGGGGCCGCGCGCUGUCGCUGUCGCUGCCGGAGCUGCGGAGCCGCUUCCCGAAGCACGAGGUGACGGCGACGCUCCAGUGCGCCGGGAACCGCCGCGCCGAGAUGAGCCGUGUGCGCCCCGUCAAGGGGCUGCCCUGGGACAUCGGGGCCAUCAGCACCGCGCGCUGGGGCGGCGCCCGCCUGCGGGACGUGCUGCUCCACGCCGGCUUCGGCGAGCGCCGCGACGGCGAGUGGCACGUCUGCUUCGAGGGGCUGGACGAGGACGUGGGGGGGGCUCCCUACGGAGCCUCCAUCCCCUACGGACGCGCCGUCAGCCCCGACGCCGAUGUGCUCCUGGCCUAUGAGAUGAACGGCGAGGAGCUGCCGCGCGACCACGGCUUCCCCGUGCGCGUGGUGGUGCCCGGCGUGGUGGGCGCCCGCAGCGUCAAGUGGCUGCGGCGCGUGGCCGUGAGCCCGGCCGAGAGCCCCAGCCACUGGCAGCAGAACGACUACAAGGGCUUCUGCCCGUCGGUGGACUGGGACACGGUGGAUUACCGGACGGCGCCAGCCAUCCAGGAGCUGCCGGUGCAGUCGGCCAUCACGCAGCCGCGGCCGGGCGCGGCGGUGCCGCCGGGCGAGCUGGCGGUCAAGGGCUACGCGUGGAGCGGCGGCGGGCGCCGGGUGGUGCGGGUGGACGUGUCGCUGGACGGCGGGCGCACGUGGCGGGCGGCCGAGCUGGCGGGGGAGCGGCCGGCGCCGGGCCGGGCCUGGGCCUGGGUGCUGUGGGAGCUGCGGGCGCCCGUGGCGGCGGGCGCGGAGCUGGAGAUCGUGUGCAAGGCCGUGGACGCCAGUUACAACGUGCAGCCCGACACCGUGGGGCCCAUCUGGAACCUGCGCGGGGUCCUGAGCAACGCCUGGCACCGCGUCCGCGUCUCCGUCACCCGCUGAGCCCCUGGGCGGCCCCGGCGCGUGGGACGCGGGGACGCGGCUCCAAGGUCGCCGGGUUUUAUGGCCCCCGGCACGUGAAAGCGGCUCCAUAAAGAUUCGGGAGGUUUUA